CUGGGCGGGGGAUGUUGUGAUGGAGAAGCCGCGGCAGAGCCCGAGUCCCGCAGCCUGAGCCACCUCCACCACCUGGGUCUGGGGCCUCGCCGCGCAGGAUCGGCCAAGGCCAUGUCUGUUCCAUCGUCAUUGAGCCAGUCGGCCAUUAAUGCCAACAGCCACGGAGGCCCUGCGCUGAGCCUACCCCUGCCCUUGCAUGCUGCCCACAACCAGCUGCUCAACGCCAAGCUGCAGGCCACAGCUGUGGGACCCAAGGACCUGCGCAGUGCCAUGGGGGAGGGUGGUGGGCCUGAGCCAGGCCCCGCCAAUGCCAAGUGGCUAAAAGAGGGCCAGAACCAGCUCCGACGGGCUGCCACAGCUCACCGUGACCAGAACCGCAAUGUGACCAUGACCCUGGCAGAAGAGGCAAGCCAGGAGCCUGAAACAGCACCCUUGGGGCCCAAAGGCCUAAUGCACCUGUACUCUGAGCUGGAGCUCUCAGCCCACAAUGCGGCCAACCGAGGGCUUCGAGGACCAGGCCUGAUCAUCAGCACCCAAGAACAGGGGCCAGAUGAGGGAGAGGAGAAGGCAGCAGGGGAGGCUGAAGAAGAUGACGAGGAAGAGGAUGAGGAGGAAGAGGAGGAGGAGGACUUGUCUUCUCCUCCAGGGCUGCCUGAGCCCCUGGAGAAUGUGGAGGCCCCCUCUGGGCCCCAGGCCCUCACAGAUGGCCCCCGGGAACACAGCAAGAGUGCCAGCCUUCUGUUCGGCAUGCGCAACAGUGCAGCCAGUGACGAGGACUCAAGCUGGGCCACCUUAUCCCAGGGCAGCCCCUCCUAUGGCUCCCCAGAGGACACAGAUUCCUUCUGGAACCCCAACGCCUUCGAGACGGAUUCCGACCUGCCGGCUGGAUGGAUGAGGGUCCAGGACACCUCAGGGACCUACUACUGGCAUAUCCCAACAGGGACCACCCAGUGGGAGCCCCCUGGCCGGGCCUCCCCUUCACAGGGGAGCAGCCCCCAAGAGGAGUCGCAGCUCACCUGGACAGGCUUUUCCCAUGGAGAAGGCUUUGAGGAUGGAGAAUUUUGGAAGGAUGAGCCCAGUGAGGAGGCCCCCAUGGAGUUGGGACUGAAGGAACCUGAAGAGGGGACACAGAGCCUCAGCCCAGAUCCACUGCCCCAAGAGGAAGAGAAACUGCCCUCACAGAAUGCCAACCCAGGGAUCAAGUGUUUCGCCGUGCGCUCCCUAGGCUGGGUGGAGAUGACUGAAGAGGAGCUGGCGCCUGGACGCAGCAGUGUGGCAGUCAACAAUUGCAUCCGUCAACUCUCCUACCACAAAAACAAUCUGCAUGACCCCAUGUCUGGGGGCUGGGGGGAGGGCAAGAAUCUGCUGCUGCAGCUGGAAGAUGAGACACUGAAGCUGGUGGAGCCACAGAGCCAGGCGCUGCUGCAUGCCCAGCCCAUCGUCAGCAUUCGCGUGUGGGGCGUCGGGCGGGACAGUGGAAGGGACUUUGCCUACGUAGCCCGAGAUAAGCUGACCCAGAUGCUCAAGUGCCACGUGUUUCGCUGUGAGGCACCCGCCAAGAACAUCGCCACCAGCCUGCAUGAGAUCUGCUCUAAGAUCAUGGCUGAACGGCGCAGUGCCCGCUGCUUGGUAAAUGGACUUUCCUUGGACCACUCUAAACUCGUGGAUGUCCCUUUCCAAGUGGAAUUCCCAGCACCUAAGAAUGAGCUGGUACAGAAGUUCCAAGUCUAUUACCUGGGGAAUGUGCCUGUUGCUAAGCCUGUCGGCGUAGAUGUGAUCAACGGGGCCCUGGAGUCAGUUCUGUCCUCCAGUAGCCGUGAACAGUGGACCCCAAGUCAUGUCAGUGUGGCCCCUGCUACCCUCACCAUCUUGCACCAGCAGACAGAGGCAGUGCUUGGAGAGUGUCGGGUGCGCUUCCUCUCCUUCCUGGCUGUGGGCAGAGAUGUCCAUACGUUUGCAUUCAUUAUGGCUGCCGGCCCAGCCUCCUUCUGUUGCCACAUGUUCUGGUGUGAGCCCAACGCUGCCAGCCUCUCAGAGGCUGUGCAGGCUGCGUGCAUGCUCCGCUACCAGAAGUGUCUGGACGCCCGCUCCCAGGCCUCCACUUCCUGCCUCCCAGCGCCCCCUGCUGAGUCCGUUGCCCGGCGCGUAGGGUGGACUGUCCGCAGGGGCGUGCAGUCGCUCUGGGGCUCCCUGAAGCCCAAGCGUCUGGGGGCCCAUACCCCAUGAAGAAGCCCCCUCCUCCCUCCACCUGUUUGUGUUGGGCCCCAGGGAACUCAGGGGCAUGGAACAGGGAGGGGUCCUAGAGGCUGUUCCUAGGCCUCAGGUCCCCCCCACAGCUGCCCCUCUCAGUAGCUGAAGUUCCCCACCUAAGGGCUGGGGAGGGAGAGAUCUGAUCUCUUCAAGGAAGUGAUCACACUGGAUUGAUGACAAGAGGAGCAGGAAGCAAGGCCAGCCCUGGGCUCUCUAUCCCAUGUUUCAGUUGGAGCAGGAGGAACUGGUCCAGGCCAUGGCUCUAUCCUUGUAGGGCCCAGCAGGGGCAGAAGGAGGAGGGGACUGGUCGAGGCAUGGGUCCCCUCUCCCCUGCCCUGUGGGCACCUCUACUGUACUGAUAUCACUAAUAAAGUCUGUCUGCGCU